ACUGCAUAUACAACAGUGAGAGAGAGAGUGAGAGCGAGCAAGUGAGAGAGAGAGAGAGAGAACGAAAGAGCAGGCAAGCGAGUAGAGCGCGAGAGAAGAGCCUUACUCAUUAAGCAGAAAACCAAGUUGACACACGCACGCAGAGAGAAGUGGAGGCUGGUGACGGAUUCUGGUGACGCGCUUGGCUAUGGCUCAGGGCUCUGACAGUAAUGACACAACUUUCACCAGGUCUCCAUCUCCAAGCAGCAGGCAGGACUCUUCGGAUGAUGUGAAGAAGGUGAUGAGAAGGGAGAAGAAUCGUAUUGCUGCCCAGAAGAGCCGGUUGAGGCAGACACAGAAGGCCGACAACUUGCACUUGGAGAGUGAAAACCUUGAAAAAGAAAAUGCCGCCUUGAGGAAAGAAGUGAAGCAGCUGACAGAGGAGGCCAAAUACUUGACAAAUGUUCUGAGCAAUCAUGAGUCUCUGUGUUCUAUGAUGGGUCCACAGUCCUCCGACAUCCUGUACUCUCCGCAUCAUGGAGCCUUCCACCAACCGCACAUGGCCUCACGCUACCAGCACUGACCACUGGGGGAGCUACUACCAUCAAAGAGUUGGGCGACUGUGGACAAUCUCAGCAGGGCAUGUGGGGUUUUCCUUACAGGGGGAGAGGGUCUCACACAUGUGCACAUGUUUUUUCCAGUCAAGAUAGUUUUAAAAGGAAUGACAAUUCAUGACUUUACUGUUAGACAAUCCAACAAACACAAUCAUUGCCAAUGUCCUUUCAUGAAAUGAAUAACAUUUAUUCAACACAGGUGGCUGAUGGGAUAGAAUGGGUAUAAGUGUCAUUUUGAAUGUGUCUUGUAUGUGUGACCAUUUCAGGUUUUGGGAAAUGGAUCAAUUGGUGGCACAGCGCAGCAAUUGUUGUACUGUAAACUUGUUUCUUAUUUAGAAACAAAAUCGUAACUGUUACAUUUCCUAGAACUGAUAUUGUCUAGGUUCUUUUGACGUAUGUGUACUUUUGUUUAAUUUUAAACUGUAUUAUUUAUUUCAGGAGUCAUAGGUUACCAAACAUGAAUAUUUUAAAAAUAUAUUGACUUGUCUUGACCUUUCCGUUAUACUUGCAGUUCAGUUGAUGAGAUUAGUUUUCUGAGUGUUAACUCAGAACAGUUACAGUGUUAAUGGUUGAAAAGUGUUUGUGUCUGGAUAUUAAUUUCUACAUUUUUACUGUUUUGGUGCAGUUUGACAUCCUUCAUGAUUGCAUUCAUCAUAAAAGAAUGUUUUAUAGUAAACAUUAGAAUGUCCUAAAUACCUCAAGAUUUUAGUACAAAUCCAUUGACAAUGUUUUGAAUGUUUUAAAAUUCAGAGUGAGAAUCUAGUUAUUUAGUACGAAAUUUAGGAAAUUAUUAUGUACACAAUUACAAAUACAGUAGUUAUAUACAGUACUGUGCAGAAGUCUUAGGCAUCCUAGACUUUAUUAUAUAUAUGUUUAUUUUUGAGUGUGUGUUAUUAUAAAAGAACACAUUUUAGAUUUCCAAAUAUUCAUCAUAGCACUGAAAAGUUCUCCAACAUGCUUGGAACAACCUCCCUGCUGAUUGUCUUAUAGAACUGCAGGACAGCGUUGGCUAUCUCAGAGAAGUGAUGCAGUUUUAACGUGCAGGGUGGUCACAAAAAAUAUUGAUUUGAUUCAAUUUUUAACUAUUCUAUCAAAUUAUUAAAAUGUCAUGUAAAAUGUAUAGUAUGUUUAUUUAGGACCUUUCAUUGAAUUUUUUUUUUAAGAAUCUUAUCGGUACAGAAUGUUAUACAGGUGCCUAAGACUUUUGCACCGUACUGCAUAUAUCCUAUAUAUGACUAUAUUAUACCCUAUUAUUGAAUUAUAAGCAUUUUACGCUGUAUUUUUCAAGCCACAUUUCAUAGGUAUCCACACUGACAAAAUGAGGCUCAGUAAUCGAUAGACUCCAUUGACAUGAGAUUACCUAUCUGUUAUUGACCUAUCUAAUAGUAAAAGUCAUGCACUGGGUCAUCUUCAACCCAAUGAACUGCGGUUCUCUUUCCCAAAUAAUAAUUGGAACUUUAAACAGAUGUGUUACUAUUCAACACAUCUUUAAAAUAUCAUGAGCAGUGCAGACCUACUGAUUACCUGGAGCACAAGUAGUUAUUGGAAACACCUUUGAAAAACAAUAGAUCAUUUUAAAAAUCUAUUAAUCAUCUAAAUGUAGUUAUGCAGUAACAGGGUUGCCUUCCCAAGCACUCCAUAGAAACAUGCAUUCUUGUAUAGUGAGUCACCUCUUGUCUUCUUCUCAAGGAUAUCUUUUGAAAAACAAUCGUUGUGAUUCUUGGUUAAAGUUACUUUAUGCGAUAAUUUAUGUAGUAGUCUAAUAUGCUACUUAGUGUCAUUUUCUCCAGCCUGGAAAGACUGGCGUUUCCUUUUUAAACAGCAAUAUUUUUUUCCAUUGUGGUACAGUACAUAAAAAAAAAAAAUCGGAUUUAGCCUGUCCUAUUGUGUCUCAGGAAAUAGUGGAUAAUAAUAAGUGGUUGUAAAACUUACUGGUUAUUUUAAACCAGUAACAACCCCUAUAAGAGAAUCACACGAGAAACACCCAAUAUGCAACGGGUACACAUGUGAACUAUGAAAAUAAUCCCACUGAUGGGAACGGAAAACAUGUAAUCUAUUUCCUUCAUAUAUGACAUUUUAUUUUAUUUACAUGUGAAAAUGUUUUUGUAAGGGAAGGUCUUCAUUUCGUAUCACCACAGCUGAGAUGACUGUAUUAUCUCUUGAAUGUCGAAUUAAAGGAAAUAUUAUUGGCAAAAAUAAUACAUUCACAUAUUGUUUUUAGUUUUUUAGUUUACCAGUACUUCAGUUGCAUCGUCAAUAUGUGUCUAUCGGCUGUCUGCCCAUCUGUCUGCGAACAGAAUAAGUAUAAGAAACUUGGAAAGCAUUUGGAUGACAUUUCAGUAAAUGAUUGCCUACAAGACUUAAGGACUGAUAUGGCCAUUUUGGAAUGGUGCAAAUAUAAGAUCAUGACCAAAACCUUUUUGAUCUUUUAUUUUUCUGCGUUACCUUAAUAAUGAGUAAUUCAGUCAUAUGUGUACACAACAUUACGACAAAGUACAAUAGGGGGCGCAGUUUCCCCAAAAGUAAGUGUGUCUGUAAGUAUUCUCAGAAAAUGAAUGUAUAUCAAUCAUAUCUCCUUGAUUAAAAUGGGCAUUUCCGGUCGUCAUGUUUAUGCUUUAUAUAUUGUGACGUAUUCGAUUUCUGUUUUACAGCGUGUACUGUAUUUUUAUAAUAAAGUAAAGAAAUUAAACGAAA